AUGAGUGUACUAAAGGAAGUCGUGAACGAGGAUGAACUGCGUCUGAUACAAUACCUACUCUCGGAAACAAAGCUCCAUGUCCGCCUUCGGAAAACGGCAUCACCAACAUUUCCGACAACUAUUGACACACCGCAUGGUGACUCCUUGUCACCGGUCCUGUUCACGGUAUAUCUGGAAGCAGCGUUGCGGCAACUGAGAAAGGAAGCAGCCCCCAGACCCCAUGCUGAUCUUCACCUGCCGUUUGAGCUAAUCUAUGCUGACGACGCAGAUUUUGUGAGCACCAGUCGGCGGUGGCUCUCCCAGCUAGAAGCUAUGGCGAGCUCUACCCUGGUGCAAUGGUCGCUCAACAUGAAUCAUGACAAAACGGAGUACACAGAAAUCACUAGACUCAAUGAUCGCAACAAAGAAGAAUGGAGAUCAACACGAAAACUUGGAAGUCUGAUUGGUGAUGAUGAGGAUGUGCUGAGGAGGAAACAACUGGCGACAGCUGCCUUUCGGGGCAUGUGGAACCUCUGA